GGGCUGCAAUGGCGUCUUUGUGAGUUGUUUUUUCGCACCAAAUUUUCUCAAUUUAAUGUUUUGAAUACAGAAAUUAAUGUUUACGUGUUGGAUUUAAGGUGCCUUCUGUAAAACUGUUAGUUUUUUCAUAAUUUUAAGUUGUUUCAACGUAUGUUUUAAAUACCAUGUUUUGUACUGGGCGAGGCGAUUUUGUUAAUGUGUCCUUAAUCGCUCAAAAAUACACAAACUACGCGUUUAAAAGCAUUUAACGUGUGUAUUAAUCCAAUAAGUUGUUUUAAAGAGCAAAAAUGGACAAGAAAAAUAAAAAGAGGACUGUUAUUAAGCGGAAAAGUGACGAUCCUGUUGAGAGUGAAAAGAAAAAAAUCAUGGUGAAUAGAAAAGUUGAAGAAGAUAAGGACAAAGUUGAGGUUGUGAAUCAAGUGGUGGAGGUUCCUGCAGAGCAGGGUCAACAAAUCGUUCACACGGGUCAGUUGGUGGAAGGCAAUUUCGAGCAGCCGGUAUUUGUAAAUAUGAAAGGAGAACCUGUUCAGUUAGGGCCAAAUACGGUCAUCUUAUAUGAACAGAGUGGGAAUCCUUCAAAUUUUGCGUUUGGCGGUAUGUGGACAAUGGACUCCUCGGGUAGGAUCGUUAUGGCAGAGACUAUUUAUGACGUCAAAGGAGAACCCGAUGAAGAGACCGGUACUUUCGUUCAGAAUACUACUGAAGUUAGUAGUCAACCAGUUGAGGAGCAAACUAGCACAUAUCAACAGUAUGAAUUAAGUACCAAUACUCAAGUGGAAGGGCAAGAAUAUGAGGUGGCCAUCAUUGAGAAUCCAGGGGAUACUAAUGAGAGGUCUACAGAGAAUGAGGUGAUAUCAACGGAGGCUCAGUUGGUGGCAACAGGUCCCGGUGCAGUUCGUUGGCUGAACCAGAAGUAUGACUUUGUUGUGAGAAAAUUGCAGUUGAAUUAUGAUGCCGGUGUGAAACUGAUGUACUCACUAUCCGGGUGCAUCCAGUGCGUAUAUCUAACUACCCCCAGUAUGCAGCUUGCGUUCAAUGCAGUUCCUCAAUUUCUCUGCAUAGAAACAGGUAUAGAGUUCAACAGCAGUAUGUCGACUGUGAACGGUUCUGGUACAUCCAGAAUUAAGCACAAUGUCACUCUGUUCCUUGCCGAGGAUGGAAAUGGGAAGUCUGUCAUAGUUAGUGCUGGUAUGUGAUUUGUAAUACUAUAAUGUCUCAUUCGACAUGGUAAAUUUUAUCAUUUUAUCACCUUAUUUCUUCAUUGUAUAGAGAUGUUAUUAAAGCAUAAACAAUAUAUAAAAAAAAACCUAAAAUACCCCUAAUUUGGACUUUUUCUAAAAGCAAUUUUGAUUCUAUUCUGAUUUUCAGAAAACCUGAGUUUUGCAUCUGCUUUGUUCUUAAUAACGACUUUAUUUUUAUUAGGGAUAGGGACGCCUUGUCAUUCCCUAUUCUUGCAGCACCUAAUUAGCAAUUAAGUGUAAUUUUUUGAUAUUAAUAUUUAUCGUAUAUCAAUCAUCGUCACUGCAUUGCUAGCGAUGCGUUUUGCUAGCUGCGCAAAUUUUAACAGUUCGUUGCGGUGAAAAUUUUAGACCACCUAAUUUUUAAACUUGGCACCUAAUUAGCACCUAAAAUCCCCUAAUUUUGGGUUAUUCUAAACGUAAAUUCCUGACUGCGUUGCUGGCGAGACACAGCUAAUUUCUAAACAGUCAUUUACUACAGUAAUAUUAUCUGUUUGUAGAGUAAAUUUAUAAAACAUCAUUUCAUUCUAUCUUCAAAUCCCAUCAGUACCAAUAUCCGCUGAAGCGCUUGUGACCUCAUAAGCGGGCGCUUUAAGUCGUUGAUGGCGUGCGCGGAACAUAAAAAUAUGUCAUAGAUAGUGAAGGUCGAUUUAGUUAUCGACUUUUAUUUUGCGAUUUAUACGAGUACAUAAACAAAAACAAUGACAAAAAUUGAUGAUGGGGACUACCAACAUUUGCAUAAACAUAGUUGCAUAAACUCGAUUUUCGGAAAUAAAAAGCUAUUUAUUAUUAUAAUGUUGUAUCUUUCGUUUAGGAAAUCACGGCAAAGUAGGCGUUGGUUGCCGUACAGAUCCAAAACAAAAAUUUCCUUUUAGAUAUAACAAUGAGUUGGGAUUUAUUUUAUCCAAAGUUAAAGUUUAAAUAAUAAAAGAAAAUAAUUUUAUUUAAGAUCAUUUUAUCGCCUAUUUUCACAAAACAAAAAUAACGAUUCAAAACAUACCUCUAUAUUUCAUCAUUUCCAAUUUACAAAAGUCUUGCUAAGUUGAUACACGACCGCUAUUUAGUGCCGAACUACAUCGCUAUAAUUCUCUUUCAAUCUACCUACAUCAUUAUUUAUUUUUAGUGGGUAGAUAAACAUCACUACGCGACGCGUAAACACGUCACUGGCGUCCGGUACAUAACUUUAAUGCUUCAGUUCUUGGGCAUUCAUUUUAAAUGUUUAUGCAAUUGAUUAGAUAGUUUUUCCUACGUUCUCUGGUAAAUAUAUCUUCAGCGCAGUCAUGGUAAGAUAUUGGGUCAAAAAUAAACUCUAAUGAACAGUCAUUACAUUUUUUUCAAUGGUAAUCAAACAGCAUUUUUAGACGUUUUAAGACGUCAUCUGCGUCUCGAACAUAAUUUUGAAUCACGUUUUGAUGCAUCGUUGGCGGUCAAUGGGUUAAUAACUUCAAAUUUUUAGCAAAUUGUAGUAAAAAACAUGUAGGUAUUUUAAAUAACAAUCAUAUUUUUGUAUUCAUUAUAAUUAUGUUUGAUAGGAGGAGGAGGAGGAGGGGGGGGGCAUAUAGUUGCCAUGCAAUUUUUUUUUAUUCAGCUGUUAUCAGGGAGAUGCUGCUGCCCAUUUCCUGAUUCAAGUUCCCUCUGUCGCCUGUUACGCGACAUUCACGAGAUUGGGAUGUUUUCUAGCAGAGCCUAUUAAAACUGUCCGAAUUUGCUUGAACUUAACAAACAAGUGAUACGAUUCGCGCUAUAAUUUUAAUCCUCAGUUGAUUUUUUCUGCCGACUUCCAAAAAGGAGCCGGUACUCAAUUCGACUGUAUGUUUUUUUUUUUUUUCGUUUUUUUUUUUUAUGUGUGUUACCUCAGAACUUUUUUCUGGGUGAACCGAUUUCGAUGAUUCUUUUUUUAUUUGAAAGCUGGUACUUCUCGUGUGGUCCCAUAUGAAUUUGAUCAAGGUCAGACCAAUAGUUUUUAAGUUAUUCUUAAAUAACUUAUAUUGAAGUCGGCUGUACAAAAUUUUUAAUUUUAAAUUAUUUAAUAAUAGUGUUAUUGCAUAACAUGGGCCUUUCCCGUUGUACGGUGGAUUUACCUGAAGCGUCAUGCUUGACAGGCGGCUGGACAUUGGCAUUGGUAUGACGUCUCGGAACCUCUGACGCUGCGUCUGGGUAUUUUAUGUUUAACGUAAACUAGGUGUUAUACCGCCAUCUAUUUGGGCGGGCCAUAAGAUUUUUCUAGAAUUUUCCAUAGUCGCCUCUUUCGACACCCACGGGACUAAAUUGGGCGACAUUUCCUUGGUGCCGGCGAGGCGAGAACCCGGAUUGCGGACCGCGAACUUUAAAUUUACAGCGAGCGUUAAGCCCCUGAGCUACCACUUGGUCGGCGGUGAAGGAAAACAUCGCGAGGAAAAUGCUUGUCUGAGAAAUUAAAAAAUAUAUUUCGAAGAUAGCCAACACGCUUUGGUGAAGCGCGGCGGACACUUCCUUGCAACACCACUCAAAAUUUUGUUGCAAAAGGCUGUACAUUACUUUACUUUUACCACCACAUGGCAAUGAGGGCUAAUAAUAUUCUUCCAUUCACCAGAUGUCGCUAGUUGUGACUAAGGUAAUAUUUUUUGUUACAUAAUGUCAGUUAAUUGAGAAAUUAGUUUUGAAUAAUAGUUUAUCAUUAUCUAGAGUAUUAUAUUAAUAUACAAUACAAUGCGUCAGUGGUUUGAUUUUUAGGUUUUUGCACUUUAUAUAUCGUUUUAUUAAUUUUUCUAGUUUUAGUUAUAUUUAUAGUUUGGAUUAUUCAUUUCUAAUCUAAUUAAUAUAAAAUAUAACUAAUGAUACGGAAAGAAACCUUAAAAUUUACAUUUUCCUAAGAAAUUAUCGUACACACUAUGAAAUCUGUCAAAUAUUUUACCUCACUGUAAAGUGGCGCCGUCCUGGUGACAGAAAAAGUCGUAGAUGCCCUCAUUGAAUUGCUAUCUCAUGGAAUCUAAAAAAAACUAGCUGGGCUACUUAACUAGGCAUUUUAAUUUGCAUGUUUUGUUUCGACAUCAGGCAUAUCAACGCUGAUUGGUGAGGAUCUCACGUGGCUGCUGGAUACCUUCAAGUCCUGCAAUCCGGCAUGGCGAUUUUCGUCGUUCGACACAGUCGGCGGCCAGCUACCUCAAGGAAAACACCAAAUAUAGAAGAAAGAAAAAUAUCGCAGCGGUUUUAUUCUCCACCAAUCCAGCACACAAAUGUGCCUGUAGGGCACAAUAAUAAUUAUUUUAUGGAAUUCACAAAUCUUCAAUUUACGCAAUAUUUAGUUUGUAUGGAUUGCACUACAGUUCAGUUGAACAUAGUCUAUGUUCGAAAUGGCUUCACUAGUACGUAGUACAUAUAACUCAAUGAUUUCUACAUUGUAAAUUCCAAUUUGAAAAAGCUAAUGUAUAAAUUAAACAUUUACAGAUAACCUGACGAAAUCGGAUACUACUCUAAGAAUUAGAAGUUGUUACAAAAGCAUGCGAGAAAACUUAAAUUUCAAUUAAAGAAGUCUAGAAAAACUAUAAAAGAUUUUAGGACUCGUCUAUCAAAUGCAGAAUAAAUGAGUAAUCAAGUAGCAUUUGAGAAGAUCACCGAAAAGAUGACAUUUGCAGCGAAGGUUUUGUUAUAGCUGUUUAGAAUCAUUUAUUGUAAAAAAUAUUAUUUUUGUACUUUGUUUUGUUAUAACUGUUAAGAAUCGUAUCUCAUAAAAAAUAUUUUCAUAGUUUGUAUUGUGAAAGCUGUUAAGAAUAACUUAUUAUAGAAAUAUUGGUUUCAUAAUUUGUAUUGUCUAAGUUGUUAAGAAUCAUUUAUUGUUAAAAUAUUAGUUUCAUACUUUGUAUUGCGAAUGCUGUGUUAUAUGAAUCGUUUAUUGUAAAAAUGUUAGUUUGUGUGUGGCGCAGUAAGAAUAUCCACCAGUCCAUAUCAUCCCGUGUGUGCCUUAAGAGGCGACAGAGGGAAACAAAUCAGAAGAUGGACAGCAGUUUCUUCAUAAUAACAACUAAAUUUAAAAGCUGCGGUUGGCAUGCCGCUUGCCAAGCAUUUCAACUAUGGUAAAUAUCUCUUCUAUGAGGCGAUUGUCGAAGCCGUGUCACAUGAAUCACUUAUUUAAUUAUACAAAUAUUUCAUAUUUUCUAUUGUCAAAGCUGUUAUGAAUAACAAGGGGCCAAGCCCUCUUUUUAUUUUUCGCCAGUUACUUUGCUGUGGACUACGGUCUAUUCACAACUUCUAGUUCCUUUUCGGGCGGAACGCGUUGGGUGGUUGGCGCUCACCGCACACGGCGUUGGCGUCUGUGAAGCCCUGUGCCUCCCCCACAUUUUUUUAAAAUGUGUGUGAGCAAAGUCCUUGUAUCUGGUGUUUUAAUAUAAAUAUUGUAAGCCUUUUCCAAGCGGGAAGGUAUUAAUUAAUAAUGAAUAACGGCCUAUACCUAGACCUUUAGAAAGAUCCAUAUAUUGAUUAUUUGAUCGCGUAUAUUAUUCAUUUUAAUAUAGUUAUAUUUUAUAGAUGGCCAUUGUAUAUAUACAAUAGAAGGGGCAGGGUUAUUAUAAAAAUAUUUCUUAUUUUGUACUAUCAAAGUUGUGUUUAUGAAUCAUUUAUGAAAAAAUGUUAUUUUCAUAUUUUGUCUUGUGAAAAUUUAUCGUUAGAAACAUUAGUUGUUUUUUUAUAGGAGAGGGGGCAAACGAGCAUGCGGCUCACCUGAUGGUAAGUGACUACCGCCGCCCAUGAACAACUGCAACACCAGGGGAAUUGCAGAUGCGUUGCCAGCUUUUUAAAAAUGAGUAGGCUGUUUUCUCGAAGGUAAGUAAGUCGUAUCGGUCCGGAAAAAUCGCUGGUGGUAAUCGAUUCCAGAAGGAAGUUGUGCGAGGAAGAAACAUCUUCUAAAUCGCACAGUGCUGGACCGCCAAUCAUCGGUGCGAAGAGCCGAGAGGGGCAUCGACGGAAACCUAAUAUCCGUCCGGAUGAGAGGUCAGCAGAAGGUCAAACAGGGAAGGUGUAUGAUCCUCCACAUCUGGAAUCCGCGUAGGCGAAGUAACCAGUUGUGUCAGACCAUAUGCCAAGGCAUUUAAUAUUUUUUCAGUUUAAUAUUUUGUUAUAUCAAAGCUGUGUUUAUGAAUAAUUUAUUGUAAAAAAUAUUAUUUUCAUAUUUUGUGAAAAUUUAUUGUUAAAGACAUUAGUUUAAUAUUUUGUUAUAAUAAAUCUGUGUUUACGAAGC